AUGGCAUUGAACAAGAGCGAAGUCGCACUUUUCAGUCCUCGUCACGAGAUCUACCCGCUCAUCGACCCCGAGCCUGUCUUCGCCGCGCAAGCAUACAAAGACCAGGUCGUCCUCGUCACCGGCGCAUCCUCCGGUAUCGGCUUCUUCACCGCCCUCACAUACGCCCGCGCUGGCGCGCACGUCGUGAUCAACUCCCGCAACGUCUCCGCCGAUCUCUUUGCCAAGAAGGCCGAGAUCGAGGAAAAGGUCAAGGGCGCACAGGUGCUGACCGUUGUGGGCGACAUCAGCGACGUUGACGUUGGUAAGAAGAUCGUUAAAGCCGCGGUGGAUGCCUGGGCCAGGGUCGACAUCGUCAUUGCCAAUGCGGCCGUGCUUAUGGGUGGUGCGCGGCUCCACGAGCGAGACCCUGUGAAGUGGUGGUACAGCCAGGAAGUCAACGUCCGCGGCGUCCUAAACAUCGUUCACGCGGCGAUCCCAGAGCUUCUCAAGGCCAAAGGUCAGAUCAUCGUCUCAACCACGGACCUCGCACACGUCCGCCUCCCGCUACUCUCAGACAUGUCUAUCAGCAAACACACGGUCAAUCGCUUCAUCGAGAUCCUUGCGCUCGAUUAUCCCGAGCUGACGGCGUACGCCGUUCAUGCGGGCGAGAUCAUGACCGAGGGCGCAGAGGCCGCGCAGAAGCGGCUGGGACUCUACGGCAAGAUCAAUAUGCCGGACUCGCUCGAGUUUGGGGCAGCGAUGUACCUUUGGAUCACUGGUAGGAACGCCGAGUUCCUCAACGGAAGGUACAUACAGGCGAGCUGGGACUUGAAUGAGGUGCUCGCGAAGAAGGAAGAGAUCCUAAGGGACAACUUGCUCGUUACCAAGCUUGCGGGGCCAAAGAAGGCGUAG